CAAACAUGGCAGCUGUGAGCAACGACGAAACAGCAGGCGAUCGGAAGAGAAACGUCUCUUACGUGAUCGUUAACAACAUUCCGGCAUUGUAUCGCUCGGCAGACCUCCGCAACUUCUUCACCGAGUUCAUCGAGACAUCGGGAUUUGACUGCUUCCACUUCCGUCACCGUCCGGAAGUUCAGCAAAAGAAGUCGGCGUCAACUUCGCAGUCCGAUCGACUUCGUAAGGAUGACGACAACUCCGCAACAACGCGUAAAAGUACGACUUGCUGCGUCGUGCGCGUCCUGACCGAUCGCGUUGACGAACUACUUCGCAUGUACGACAAGAAGCACUGGAUAGGACGUGACGGACAAACGCUGCCGGACCCGAUGCUUCAUCAGGAAGGUUCGAGUCCGAAACAACGAGCCGCAGACUCCUUCACAAUAUCUUACGCGAGGGGAGCAAAGGCUCUCAGAGCCGACGAAGGCGCUGUGCUGAGCGAAGCGGACUUGAAAACGCUCAUAGAGCUUCGUCCGCCUCCCGCUAUGCCAAAUGGAAACGUGGGUACGCCGACGAAAGUGUUUCUUGGACUCAUCCAAGCCUGCAAGUUCCCGCCGUACCUGAUCAAGAAGCUCGGACUCGUGUUUCCACGAUCGAGAUCGCGCCGCCUGUACGGAAGUGUGCCGCUCGACUACGGGAACACCGUACGGGGUUCGGAGCGUGGUGAAAGGAACGUGAAAAGUGGUGCCCGUACCUCGGAAACUCCUCUUGUGCGGACAGCGACGGGUUCCGUAAUAUCCAGUGCUUGCCCGACCCCACUGGAGAGCGGUGACUACGCUUUGUUGAACGCCGAGCCAGAGCACAAAAAUCAGGAAGAGAGUGACGAUGAAGAGUGCGAGGAGUGGGACCGGCACGAAGCUCUGCAUAACGACGUCACAUCCCAAGAACGGACGCGUGAACGUCUUUUCGAAGAGGAACUUGAAGUUCAGUGGGAGAAGGGCGGUUCCGGUCUGGUUUUCUAUACCGAUGCACAGUUCUGGGAUGAAGUGGAGGGCGACUUUGACGCCAAGACGUCCGACGACUGGGAUGUUGACAUGAGCAUCUACUACAACCCUGAAUCGGGAGACAAGGACGCAAGGGACUAUGUGUCUAUGCUGCGCUUCAAGAGGCUGAGGGAGACCUCUGAGGAGAUGGAUGAUGAGAACAGGCUGGCUUCUUUUGAAAAAUACACAAAGGGCUUUGGAAGCCGCAUCCUGAAGCAGCAAGGCUGGAGUGAAGGGGAAGGUGUUGGUCGUGCCAAAGAAGGUAUAGCAACACCUAUCGAUGAUGCCGGACAACAUCCGUGGGACAGGUCUGGAUUUGGUUACCGAGGGGAAAAGCUUGUACGAAUUUCCGAAAGUAAGCGAAAGCGCAACCGAGGCGAAGCGUUCAUCUCGACAGUAUACGACCGACCUCGCGAGACAGAUCCGCCGGAUCCAUUGCUGCGCUCGCACGACACCACUUAUCUGCACUUUCGCAAGUCAUUCGUGAAGGGCCACCAGUGAAGACUGAAGCUCUUCAGUGUAAAUAUCUGUGUACAUUAUGUGUGUAUAAAAGCACAGUUUUUAUCAAGCA